AGCGGGCUGCCUCGAUAGCGCCGCCAUGGUGUUUCCGCGGCCGCCAGCGCCUCUGUUCCAAGGCCUUGGGCCUUGUGCUGGCGGCUGGUGAACCCGAGGCUCGCCUGCGGAGCCCGGCUCCCCCUGGCCAGGCCGGCGCCGCCGCUGGCACGGCGCAUGGCGCAGACCCGCAGGAGGGCGGUAGGCAAGGGCGCUGGCGGGCCGCCUGGCUGGCCCGUGGAGUGGACCUGCGCCGCCAUCGUGCUGAUGGCGCUGGCCGCCGUGUGGCAGGUGAGGCACCGGGCCUUCGGCACCGCUGAGUGCACGUCGCUCAGCGGGAUGUGCACGCCCUCUCAGUGCGGCUGCCCAGAGCCGCUGCUGAAGCAGGAGCUCGUCACCCAGGACGAGCAGCCUUGCUUCCGCUGCGUCGCGGGCUUCUGCCCGGUGGUCUCGCAGGGGGGCGCCGCGUGCAGCUCCAUGCCCUGCGAGUGCGAGGACCCGAAGUGGGCAAAGGUCGAUGCCCCCGUGGACGGGCAGCCUUGCUGGCAGUGCGUCCGCCCGUCGCUCGACUUCACAGUGAGGCUCGGCUCCGGCAACGACACCUGCGCGGCCAGGCUGCCCGACGCGGCGGAAGAGGCCGCCGCGGUGGAGGCGCAGGGCGACGCGGCCUCGCAGCAGAUCGUGCUGAAGGAGACGGCGGACCCGGCGGAGUGCAUGGCCUUCCGGUACAGCGGUGCCCUCAUCACCGAGAAGAGGCACGCCCACCGCUGUCUGGUGUGGCGCCCCUUCGGCGCCCACUGGGGCCUGGGGAAGUGCGACGCCCACGAUGUCAACAUGCAGUUUCAGGAGCUGGAGCUCGAGGCGCCAGCGGACCCCAGCGCCGCGCCGCACGUGUACUGCGCCGGCAGCAACCGCUCCGAGUACUGCGUCGAGGUCGCCGACCGCCUCUGCACGGAGGAGGAGGGCCGCUGCAGCACGGAGCGGUGCCGCUGCGAGGACUCGUCGUGGGUGCUGCAGGAGCUGGAGACCUUCGGGAGCCUCCAGCGCUGCUACAAGUGCACUCAGAGGGCGCAGCUCUGCCCUACGGCCGCGGACGAAUGUUCUUCGACGCCCUCUUGCGAGUGCGCCGACCCAGCCCAAGUACGGGUGUUGGUCAGCCCUCUGGCCGACCACGAGUUCCCGUGCUACCGGUGCGAGCUGCCUCCAGGCGCUGGCACCCAGGUUUCACAGAUCUUCGCCGUCGUGGCGCUGAUGGCAGUGGGCCUCGCCGCCGGAUGCUGGGGGUCUCAGCUUUUUUUCCCCAACGCCACCGAGACGGAGGAGAACAACGUCUCCGCGCCCGCAGUGGAAGGGCGUUCCCACAGGCUCUGCAGGAGGAGGACGAGC